AUGGCAAAAGUUUUUGUACCACCCCAGUUUAUGACGAUUGUUCAAGACUUAAUCAAAGUUAAAAAAACCGCCCGUCAAGGUCAUUUAACCCAGGAGCAAGUUUACAAAUACCUCGAAAAAAAGAACAUCGCCCUCGACGAUGAGGCGACAAACGAUUUACUUGAAACGCUGAUUGAACUUGACAUUUUGCUUGACGAAGUCGACCCGCACGACUUUGACGACUUUAAAAGUCAAGAUUUUACCCAGGAGAUCGGCCUGGUUAACUACGACGAAACGAAAGAAAUUUCGCUGGACGACAUCGAGCAAACCCAGGAGAUUGGCGAUUUGGAACUGGUUAACAAACUGACCGAAACCGACGACAUUGUCAAGUGGUACAUGCGUUGAAUCGGAAAGUACGGCAAACUUUUAACUCACGACCAAGAAAUUGAACUGACAAAGAAAAUUGAGCAGGGCGGUCGGGCUGGCAAAAAGGCCCGCGACAUGUUGAUCAAACGCAACUUGCGGCUAGUCGUCAAUAACGCCAAAAAGUACAAAAACCGCGGACUAUCUUUCAUUGACCUUAUUUCCGAAGGUAACUCCGGGCUAAUUAAGGCGGUCAGCAAAUUUGAAUACCGCAAAGGUUACAAGUUUUCAACUUACGCGACUUGGUGAGUCCGCCAAGCGAUUACGCGCGCCGUCGCUGACCAAGCGCGCAUUAUCCGUGUCCCGGUUCACAUGGUCGAAACGAUCAACAAAAUCAUUAAAAUUGAACGCGACAUUUACCAGGAGCUCGGUCGCAGCGCGACCGAUGAAGAGAUCGCGGCUCGGGCUGGUGGCGACUUUGACGCCGAAAAAGUCCGUUACAUCCGCAAAAUUAACAUCGACCCCAUUUCGCUUGAUAAACCAAUCGGUAAGGAGGAUGACUCUUCUUUCUCAGACUUUGUUCAAGAUGAGUCGUCAAUUUCACCGAUUGAUUACUCAUCGCGCGAGGAACUCCAGAAACUGCUCUUUGAAACGAUUAGUCGUUACAUCCACGACGAAAGAGAAAAAGAAAUCAUCAUGCUCCGCUACGGAAUUGGUUACGAUCAAAACAAAGAAAAAAACCGACCCCACUCGUUUGAAGAACUGGGCGAAAAGUUUGAUGUGACCAAAGAGAGAAUUCGGCAAAUUGAGUCGAAAGUGAUCCGGCGUCUUCGUCAACCCCAAAACCACCGGAAACUGCGCGAUUUUUACCGUAACAUGUAA